GAAGAUAUGAUCGGAUUCGUACAUGUGUGAUGUCAGAAGAGGGAAGACAUGGCGAAGUGAAAGCACAUUUGAUAUCAGACUCAUACUCUCUGCUAAAAAGAAAAGCUUGCAGAUCGACACAACAAAGAGAAAGAGAAAAAGAAAAGAGAGAGAGCGAUGGAUUCCUCUGAAUCUCACAUGGCUACCCUCCCUGAAGAUGACGCUGACUCCGAUCAUCCCCAACAAACUUCCCCCUCAGCUUUCGAUUCCGUUCCUCAACGCCCUCCCUCAAAUAAGAGUUCCUUGGAGAAAUAUUUACCUGUAGAUUGGUCCAUCUACUUUGAUAAAGAACAAGAUGUUGCUAUUCCCAAUUCCAAUGACGUAUUUCAUGUGUACAUGUCAGGAACUGAGGGACCCGUUGUGUUUUGUUUACAUGGUGGUGGUUAUUCUGGGCUUUCAUUUGCUUUAUCUGCAAGUAAAAUUAAGGAGAAAGCUAGGGUAGUUGCAAUGGACUUCCGAGGUCAUGGGAAGUCAGUGUCAGAUAAUGAUCUUGACUUAUCUGUUGAGACCAUGUGCAAUGAUGUAAUAGCUGUUAUAAAGCAAUUAUAUGGAGAAUCCCCACCAGCAAUUAUCCUUGUUGGUCACAGCAUGGGAGGGUCAAUUGCUGUGCAUGUUGCUGCAAGGAGAUCAUUGUCUACCUUGGCUGGGUUGGUAGUUGUGGAUGUUGUAGAGGGAACAGCAAUGGCUUCGCUAAUUCAUAUGCAGAAAAUCCUAUCAAGUAGGGUGCAACAUUUUUCUAGUCUUGAAAAAGCUAUUGAAUGGAGUGUCAGGGGUGGCUCGUUAAGGAAUGUUGAUUCUGCUCGUGUUUCAAUCCCCAGCACCUUAAAGUAUGAUGAUUCAAAGAAAUGUUAUGUUUACCGCACAGAGCUGGAGAAGACUGAACAAUAUUGGAAAGAAUGGUAUGAAGGUCUCUCGGAUAAAUUUUUGUCGUGUCCGGUUCCAAAGCUGCUGUUAUUAGCAGGAACAGAUAGAUUGGACAAGUCUCUCACAAUCGGUCAAAUGCAAGGGAAGUUUCAAAUGAUAGUUGUCAGACAUACGGGGCAUGCUAUUCAGGAAGAUUCACCUGAAGAAUUUGCAAAUCUGGUUAUAAACUUUAUUUCUCGCAACCGAAUAGGCCCUCAUGGAGUUGAGAUACCUGGCCUCCGCAAGCCAGCCUUUUCAAAACCCUGAAACAGGCAUUAGAUAAACCAAGAAUCAUACUACUUGGAGUGACAAUGGGUGCCUUACUUUGUUGUUUCUAGUUCUUGUGGUUUACAUUUUAGUAUUAGUAUUAAACCUCGAAUUUCAGCCCUAACAAAAAUGAUAGAGGACAAAGUUGCCUCAGAAUUUGAAAUUGACAAAAUUUUUCUCAUCAUUUAAAAGAAAGUGAUAGAUUAGUCAUUUUGUAAAAAUCUACUCAGUUAUGGAAGCGCCAAUAUGUCUAUGUUUUAAAAAUUAUGAUGAGACGAAGUUGUCAAUUUCUUGAGGAACUACUUUGUCUUCCUAUGUUUCGGUUAGGGGAAAGAUUGAGAGUUUACUUUAAGAAUUAAUCAAUGCUUGUAUCUUUUUAGUAGGAGAGGUGGGUAGAUGAAACUAUAGUUUAGAUUAUAUUAGAUAUGACGACCAUGAGAAUCUGAUGAGGUUGGGUGUGGAUUUGAACACAUUACUAGUGAAAUGACUAACGAGUCUCUUCCAUCAAUAUUAUCAUUCAUAAAGUUUUGGUCA